GCCGAUUCUCAGACGGACCCUAACACGGAAUUAGAAGCCGGCAGUUCUGCUAACACCCGUUAAUUAAUCCUCUCCAGACUCAGGUCGUCGCUCUGUAGCAUGAAAACCAUGUUGGCCAUAAUUUCUAACGCUCUUUGCAGGAUGACUGGCCGGAAUGCGGGAGCCCAGACAGUGUCGGAGCUGCUGAUUGGCCUGUCAGAGUACGUCACUCUAACGUCGCCGUCGCCGCCCGCCUCGGCUCAGACCCAGCGGCAACCGCCUAAACCACCGCCAGUCAGUACUAGAGCUGCUCAGUUAGUUAGCGGCCAAACCACUGACCAACCAGUCGGCCCAGGUGCCAGAGUUGUGGUUUCCCGCUCUUUUGCUGACUUCACCCCUCAGGCAACUUUUGACAUCAAGAAAUGCGACCUGCACCGGCUGGAGGAGGGUCCUCCCCUGAAGGCGGAGCUGACCCGGGAUCAGGGCCUUCAGUAUUACCGGACCAUGCAGACGGUGAGACGCAUGGAGCUGAAAGCAGACCAGCUGUACAAGCAGAAGAUCAUCAGGGGCUUCUGUCACCUGUACGACGGACAGGAAGCAUGUGCUGCAGGAAUCGAAGCCUCCAUCAACCCCACCGAUCACCUGAUCACGGCCUAUCGUGCCCACGGAUACACCUACACCCGCGGAGUCUCCAUCAAAGAGAUCCUGGCCGAGCUCACGGGUCGUAAAGGGGGCGUGGCCAAAGGGAAAGGAGGCUCGAUGCACAUGUACGCUCCACAUUUCUAUGGAGGAAAUGGCAUCGUGGGAGCGCAGGUGCCUCUGGGAGCAGGUAUCGCUCUGGCCUGCCAGUACCAAGGCAACAAUCAGCUGUGUGUGACGCUGUAUGGAGACGGAGCAGCCAAUCAGGGGCAACUGUUUGAGUCGUUCAACAUGGCCGCCCUGUGGAAGCUGCCGUGUAUUUUCAUCUGCGAGAACAACAAGUACGGGAUGGGAACAUCUGUGGAGAGAGCUUCAGCCAGCAUUGACUACUACAAGAGAGGAGACUUUAUACCAGGAAUCAGAGUGGACGGGAUGGACGUUCUCUGUGUCCGAGAGGCCACCAAGUUCGCUGCAGAUCACUGUCGAUCUGGAAAGGGUCCCAUUGUAAUGGAGCUGCAGACCUACCGUUACCAUGGACACAGCAUGAGUGACCCAGGCGUCAGCUAUCGAACUCGUGAGGAGAUCCAGGAGGUCCGCACCAAGAGCGACCCCAUCUCCAUGCUGAAGGAGAGGAUGCUGAGCAACAACAUGGCGUCUGUGGAGGAGUUCAAGGAGAUCGACGUGGACAUCCGUAAGCAGGUGGAGGAGGCGGCUCAGUUCGCCACUUCGGAUCCAGAGCCGCCGCUGGAGGAUCUCUGCAACCACAUCUUCUACAACAACCCGCCGCUGGAGGUCCGCGGGACGAACCCCUGGUCCAAACUCAAGUCUGUCAGCUAGACCUGAACCCAAACCUCCAGAUACACUCCGACCCUGACAGGUAGAGUCCUCCCAGAACUAACCGAAGCUCCGUCGCUGCACCACAAACUUCCUCCGUCGGCUUUAGAUCUCAGCACCUUAACGGGACUUUACCUGGAACCUGCCAGUGUUAUUUAUUUAGCUCUAGUUUUUAUAGACUUCCUGUUUGUCCGUUUGUUUGUUCUGCUGCUCAUGGAGUUGUGUAAUCAUCGAACAUGAGAAGAUGAGCCUUUACAUGCUGCACGGCUGCACCAUAGACGCACAAAACCCACAUUUCAAGUGUAAACUUUGUUUUAUGGCAACAUGACGUGUCCACGAUAAACAUUCCUCUGUGUUUAUCCAGCAUUUUAAACUGUGCUUUUAUUUUUUAGCUUUUAAAUGUGAAAAUGUGCAGAAGCUGUUUGAGACUCUCCUCCCUCCAAGGAAUCACUUCCAACUAAAUCCAGAAUAUUCUCAUGUCAGUUUUUGUUUACCGAGUGAGUUGAUGUGUUUGUUUUUAAAAAAGCAAGAAAGGAUUCGGUUUGUCGAGCUGUGAGUCAAGAUAAGAAGUUUAAAGGUGUGCUCAGUACCAGCAAAAAGGAUUUUUAAAAUUCUACAGUGUAAACCAGAGGAUGUCAAACUCAUUUUAGUCCAGGUUCCACAUUCAGGCCAGUUUGAUGUCCAGUGACCAGUGAAAUCAUCCCAUAAUAACCUAUAAAUAACCACAACUCCACGUUUCCUUUGUUUUAGUGCAAAAACGUACGAUCUGAAAAUGUUCACAUUUAAGAAGACAUAAAACAACAAAAACAAGAAAAAAAAUGACAAAAGCAAGAAACAAAAUAACAAGAAAUUAGACAAAUGACACAAAACAAAAAAAGAGUAGAAAAUUAGACAAAAAUUGCAAAGCGACAAAAAAUGGCAAAAAAAUAGACAAAACACAAGUGAGACAAAAAGGAAACCCAAAACAAAAACACGAGACAAGUCAGACAAAAAAAACAACAAAAACCAUACAAAAUAUUACAAAAAUGAAACACAAAAUGGCAAAAAUGAGACAAACGACACGAAACAACACAAAAAAAGAGAAAAAAUUUGACAUAAGUUACAAAGCGACAAAAAAUGGACACAAACAAGACAAAUGACAAAAAAAGGAACAAAACGACAAAAAAACAGACAACAAAACAGAACGACACAAAUGAUACACAAAACAAUAAAUAAAACAACACAAAAUGACAAAAAUAUGACAAAAAAAACAAAAGCAAGACAAAGAAAAAACAAAAACGUGAGACAAAUGACAAAAGUCAGUCAAUGAAAAGACAAAAUAUGACAAAAAUGAGACACAAAAUGUCGAGUGCAAUCAAGUAUUUUACUUUAUGAACAAAACAACUGGUCAUGGUCUAGAAAUUAUUUUAAAAUUGUAAAAUUUAUAAAUUUACAAUUUAUAGUUAAUGUCUUCUCUGUAAUUUUGACAUUUUGAGGGUCGGAUUGGACCCUCUGGAGGACCGGUUUUGGCCCGCGGGCCGCAUGUUGGACACCCCUGGUGUAGAACAAAGCUGAAUAUAUCAGAAUUUAUUAAAUCACACAUUUGGAUUAAUAUAAUAAGAAAGCUGCCAUUAAAGACAAACGGUGGCGACUUUAAGGAACCUAAAAUAUACUUGACUUUGUAUAAGCAGUGCCUAUAAAAAAUAUUCACAAUUAUGUAUGAAAAAAGUCUCUGAAUAAUAAAUUGAACUUCAGAAGGGCACUUUUUUUUGGCAUGGUUUUGUUUUACACUGUAGAAAACUGUAAAAAUAAACCAAAGUCCUUUGCUGAGUUGCUGCUGAUGAACUUUAAACUUCUUCUUUAUGUGCAUGGAUUGAAUCUUUGAGUUAAAUGACAGUCGGAUAUUAUUUUAUGAUGCUCUGAACUUUUAUCCAGAGCGAUUAUGUUGGCACAAUCAGAAAACCACUCACCUGGAACCAGCUUUCUUUUCACGAUUGACUUGUUUCACUCUCUGAGACAAAGGAUAUUUGAGUUUGUGGGUGAAAGUUGCAGGAGACUAAAGUUUUGAAGGAGCCAGCCUCCUGUGUUUGUUUUAGUUGUUUUCAGGGUUUAUGGACACUUUGGGGGUAAUUCUGAGUCUGUUAAAAAGAUGAAACUAGUGUCCUUCAUGCACCUCUUUACUUAUAUUUUACUGUUACUGAGCUUGUACAGAGAUGAAGCUUUACUAUUUAUGUGUGUGAAUGGUGGAAGACUGUAAAAUAAAGGCUUUAAAGAAA